GCGGAGGGGGCCGCUCGGGGGGUGUCGGGGCGCCGCCGCCCGGCCUCGCCGCCCCUAGCAGGGUGUGCUCCCUCCGGGCCGGGGGUAGGAGAAGCACCAUGGUGGAGAAGCGGUGCCCGCGGCUGCAGCGGGACGGCGUGUACCGCUGGUUCUCCGAGCUGCCCUCGCCGCAGCGUGUGGAGUUCCUCUGCGGCCUCCUGGACCUCUGCAUCCCGCUGGAGCUGCGCUUCCUGGGCGCCUGCCUGGAGGACCUGGCCCGCAAGGACUACCACUCUCUGCGCGACUCCGAAAUCAAGGCCAACAACCCCGCUGACCUGGGCAGCCUCACCAACCUGACGGACGAGGUGGUACGCAGCAAACUUUUGGUCUCUCUCGCCCUGCUCGGGUCUGCCCACCGAGAGGCGGCUGGGGUCCUCUUCCGUACCCUCACCCAUAUCGAUUCGGUCAUCAACAACUAUGGGCUGCAACUCAACGAGGGCCGCACUGGCGAUGAGUUCCUGUUGCUCUUCACGAUGGCAUCCAACCACCCUGCUUUCAGCUUCCACCAGAAACAGGUGCUGAGGCAAGAGCUCACCCAGAUCCAGAACAUCAUGGCCAGCACCAGCAAGAAUCCCAGCACCUCUACCCUCAACACCAUGGCAACCUAUCCUGGCUGCCAUAAGGUCAAUCCAAGGUCAGAGACCCCCAUCAACAGUGUCAGUAACAGUUUGGAAAAUGUACUACAUACAUCAACACAUUCCAUUGAGGAGUCAUUACCCAAGAGGCCUUCGGGGAAACACUCCAAAGUGAGUGUUGAAAAAGUGGAGCUAAAGGGACUGACACACAAGAAGAAUGAAAGAAAUGUUGAAUAUUCCUUUGAGGUCCUGUGGUCUGAUUCUUCAGUGACGUCGGUAACCAAAUCUUCCACUGAAGUGACUGAAUUUAUUUCAAAGCUAUCUCAGCUGUAUCCUGAAGAAAACUUGGAGAAAUUCAUUCCUUGCCUAGCUGGUCCAGAUUCAUUUUACCUAGAACGGAACCACAUGGACCUGGAAUCGGACCUUAGGUAUUUGGCACCGUUACCUUCCCAUGUGGUGAAAAAUGACCACGUUAGGAAGUUCUUCAGCACUUCAUCUCCUUCACAGCAACUUCAGAGUUCAAAUCCCGGCAACCCCUCCCUUUACAAAGUAGGAACUACGCUGGGAACAUCUGGAAGACCUAUAUGUGGAGUGGCUGGCAUUCAGUCUUCUCAGAAUCAUGUUCAGCACUCGGCUGCUGCUCCCGUUGCACUACCCCACUGUUCCCAUGCAGGAGGCACUGGCUCAUCGCUGGCCUAUCGCACCCAGAUGGACACCUCUUCUUCACCCAUGUUAAUGUCUUCCAGUCCACAGACCCCUCAGACACAGGAGCAAAACGGGAUCUUAGACUGGCUCAGGAAACUGCGGUUGCACAAAUACUAUCCUGUCUUCAAACAGCUCACGAUGGAGAAGUUUCUGAGUCUUACUGAGGAAGAUCUGAAUAAGUUUGAAUCCCUCACCAUGGGAGCAAAGAAGAAGCUCAAGACCCAGCUAGAGUUGGAGAAAGAGAAAUCAGAGAAGCGGUGCCUAAACCCCACAACACCCUCUUCAGUUACCAGCAGCGGUGUGGCAAGGGUUCCCCCUACUACGCACGUAGGGCCCAUCCAGAGUAUUCGUGGCAACCAUGCUGCAGAGCUGCGAGUGGAUGUGGAUCAGCCGGCCCACCCGCUGCCCCGGGAGGGCAGCUCUUCCGAGUACUCCAGCUCUUCUUCCAGCCCCAUGGGGAUCCAGACACGGGAAGAGAGCUCAGACAGCGCCGAGGAGAACGAGAGACGUUUAGAGAUUCACUUAGACGGUUCAGAAAAGGAGAAGCCAGUGAUGUUACUGAAUCAUUUCACUUCGAGCUCUGCCAGACCCACGGCUCAGGUCUUACCAGUGCAAAACGAUGCAGGCUCCAAUCCGUCCGGCCACCACGCUCUGCCGAUGCAAAUGAUGUCAGCGGCCUCUACUCACAUCACCCCCAUCCGGAUGCUAAAUUCGGUGCAUAAAUCAGACCGUGGCAAUGCAGACAUGAAGUUACUUUCAUCGUCUAUGCAUUCGCUUUUAUCUUUAGAAGAAAGAAAUAAAGUUUCUCCUGGUCCUAGGGGCAGCAUAAAAAUGGAGAAGAGCUUUGGAAACACGGUGGUGGAUGUAAUGUCUGCGUCUUCUCCCCACCAGCCCUUACAAGUGCUGUCGGGGGCUGCUGAGAACAGCUCGCCCACAUCUACUAUUAACUUUGGUCCUCGAACCAAAGUUGUACAUGCUUCGGCUCUGGACAGAGUGAUAAAAACAGCUCAGCAGCCAGGAUUAAUAGUAGAAACUAGUACUGCUGCCACCGUAACAUCCAGCACGGUCUUCCACGUGGCUCGUCCGCCCAUCAAACUCCUGGUGUCUUCGUCUCUUCCUACUGAUUCUGCCAUUGCCGGACAGACUUCCUGCUCCAGUAAUAUGCAAAUAACGGUGUCCCCUGCAAUAAUAAAUCCUCGGACUGCUCUGUACACAGCCAACACCAAAGUUGCCUUUUCCGCAAUGAGCAGCGUGCCAGUGGCGCCAAUGCAAGGCAGCUUCUGCGCAAACAGUAACGCAGCCUCCUCCAGCAGCCACCCCUCCACGUCGUUUGCGACCAUGGCGAAUUUGCCCAGCUGCCCCGCACCCAGCUCCAGCCCCACGCUCUCAUCUGUUGCCGAGAACAACUUCUACAGCAGCAGCAGCAGCAGCAGUAGCAGCAGCAGCAGCAGCAGCGGAUCCGCAGGGAGCAUCCCGGUACCAAACCAGAACCAUCACCACCACCACCACCAGCAGCAGCAGCCGCAGCCGCCCGGGUGCAUGGUGUGCAGCUCCUGCGGGUGUAGCGGGAACUGUGGCUCGAGUGGUAUGACCGUCAGCUACGCCAACUAUUUCCAACACCCGUUUUCAGGACCUUCAAUGUUUACUUUUCCAUUUCUGCCCUUCAGCCCUUUGUGUAGUAACGGCUACAUCAACACGCAGCAGUACAACAGCAGCACGACUUUCCCGGUGGUCCACACCGCCUACAACAGCGGUAUCGCACCGGACUCCGUAAUGACUGGGCAGUCGACGUUUGCCGUACCGCCAAUGCAGAACUUUAUGGCAGGGACAGCGGGGGUGUAUCAGGCACAGGGAAUGAUGGGAAACAGCAAUGGUUCGAGUCACAAAAAAAAUGGGAAUCUCUCCUGUUACAACUGUGGGGCCAGUGGUCACAGAGCUCAGGACUGCAAACAGCCUCCCAUGGAUUUCAAUCGACAAGGUACGUUUAGGCUGAAGUACGCUCCUCCCUCUGAAAGUCUUGACUCCACAGACUGAUAUUUUAUCAUCUGGCAAGAAAAUACUGUAAGCCAUGGAGGUAUAAGGAGAUUGAAAUACAAAACUGAGACGUCCAGUUGCUGUUAAGCUUAAUGUAUUUUUUAAUCCAAAGGUGCUUUACUUUAUUAGAUUAGGUAGAAAAUCUAGCUUAGGGGGUGCAUCAAACCCAUUUUUGAUUGCCAAAUUCAAGCUUGGAUCUUGUUGGAACUUCUGACCGCGUGUCGUAGGACCGAUGCGGACUGGAUGGACAGUGGAGCUGGCCAGCUGCGUUCUCUCUUGCAAUUACAACAUCCAUUGUACUUUUUUUGCUGGAGAAUGUUGCCGUAUGUGGACUUUCCUAAGGUGAAACAUCUUAACUACAGGGCAGCUACGUUCUGAAGUGGAGGCUGAAGGUAGGAGCGGCCGUUCGCCAGAAGGACUUUGGCACCCCUGGGCUAGGUAAAACGUCUACUUUUUUUCAAAAGUGAUCAGGCACUAAUCUCUGGGAUUUUUAAGGAUUGCACUACAGAAGAAUGUAAAACUCUUCAAGCUUUCUGCACUUUGAGCAGACAGUGUCACUCUGAGACCAGUGCAAGAGGCAAAGAAGUUCCAAUUUUUAAAAAUUGGCACCAGCAGGCUAUGUGACUUAACUACACAAUAAAAAUCUGAAGUAAGUCUCUCCUUUCCCUUCCAAAAGAACACACACGGCAGUUUCGGUUCCUUCUGGAAACAAACUUGUGCUUCAUUGUCUCACUUAUUACUAGAUAGUGCUGGGUUCCCAGCAGCAGAAUAAACUUAGUUUCCAAGGGUCCAAGUCCCAGAGACUCCAGAGUCAUAAAGGCUUCAAGGAUAUUUUCUUGUAAUACACAAAACAACCUUUACGUCCUGUUACUGUAUAUAGGUCUCUUUCACAGAAACCUUAUUAUUCUGCUUUUGUAAAUGAAUUUUAAACCAUCCUGAAAAAAAAAAACAAACCACAACUCUGGCAGCAGAGUUUGUAAACUUUUGCUUUACUUUAUAUAUAAAAAAAACAAAACAAAAAAACAAAAACAAGAAACCUUUGACUCCUACCCCAAGGCUUUUGCUACAGGAUUCAGAAGUGGUAGAAGUCAAACAUGUAAAAGGUAGUAAACUUCAUUAUUAUCAAGACUUUGAAGGAUUUAUUGUCAGCCUCCUUCGUUGCAAUAGAUUGUAGAUGACUAGCUUUGGUGUUAACUACUUAGCGUACAUAAUUUGUGGGUGACAAAUCUAAAUUAGGACUUGAGAGGAAGCCAAACAAACCUUGAACUGCUCAUUUGAAACAGUUUGGUCCUGUCUGGUUGAAAGAAGAUACUAAUCCUCAUGGCUCACCCGAGGAAUCUGACAGCAUUACAUGGGUGAGGCCUUCUCUAAAAUGUCUGACAUAGAGGUAUAUUUGCAUACUGUAAUUUGGAAGACACCUUUAAAGUCUGAAGCCUUGUUUACACUUGGAGGUAUUUCUUACACCAAUUUAAACCACACCAGGAUGGAUCGUAUUUGUAGUGGCGCGGCUGACUUUCGCUCGGAAGGGAGGGAAGCCCUAUCCGAGGAGGAGGUUUUGAAGCGGAGCAGAGCCGCCCCGAGGAGGUCGGGCCUUAGCAAUGCAACGUCAGUGAGAGGGGGGAACGCAGUAGCUUGACAGUCGAGACCUUCCUGGACCGCGUUGGUAGGAAAGAAACGCUCUGGGCCGUCCUUCAGUCCCGCUUUCUCAGCGGGCGGUCGCCAGCCUGGCUGGGGAGGCACGCAGGAUACGGGAGCAUCACCGGAGAGGCGCGGUAACGUGAGAUGGCCAGAAACCAAACUCAGCCCGGGUAGCAACCUGCAGCUCGUAGUGGAUUUGGCUUCGUGGAAACCAAAAUCUAAAUUUGCGUAAUGUUUGGGGUUU